AUGCGCCUCCACACGUUCACGCUCGUCGUGUUCACUGCGGUUCUAGCACACAGCGCGAACCCUGCGAAGGCGUCCAACUCGACGACGACGGAAGGUGCUCCCUCGGCACGUCUUCGUUCCUCUGACGCGUGCUGCGAUGACGUCCCUGUUGAGCAGGGGCUGGUUCCACACGAGACCACGGCGGUUGAAGAAAGGAUGCCAGAGCCAUGGAUUCCAUCAUCAAUUAACAGCGCAGUUGCUCGUCUCGUGGAAAAGUUGCAUGCGCAAUAUCCGAAGGAGCUCGCGGUCGAACACCUUCCUGAGCACGGGUGGCAAGCUUUCGAUGAAAUUGCUCUCAGACACCUCUAUCGUCUAGAAGCGGCAGACAAGACAACAGAGCAGCUGCCGGAACACGCUCAAAUUGUUGAUCGCUGGCUGCAAAACGAACUCGAAAAAGGACCCAGACUGAUCGCAGAGGCUCGCCAAAGUUUUCUUUCACAUGAGGCGGAUAUGGGAGCAAAGGCGUACCAAAGUCUUCUUGCUCACCGGGCGGAAAUGGGAGUGGAGGUUCACCAGUCCUCUCUUGCAUACCAGCUGAAGAUGGCAGCAGAGGCUCACCGAUAUUUUGUUGCACACCAGGCAGAAAUGGGACUGAUGGCACUCAAUUUUCUUGAUAGUCAGGCGGAAAUGACAGCGAAUGCUCACCGAUAUUUUCUUGCACGCCAGGUGGAAAUGACAGCAGAGGCUCACCUGGAUAUUCUCGCACACCAGUUGGAAAGGGGAGUAGAGGCUCACCAUUUUUUUCGUGCACAUCUGGAGAAAAUGACAGCAGAGGCUCACAAACAUUUUCGUACAAACCAGGUGAAAAUGGCAACAGAGGCCUACCAAUAUUUUCUUACACACGAGGCGGAAAUGACAGCUCAGGCUCGCCAAUAUUUUCUUACAUACCAGGCGGAAAUGACAGCAAUAGCUUACCUGUCUUUUCUUGCAGACCAGGCGGAAUUGACAGCAGAGGCUACCCAGUCUUUUCUUGCACAUAAGGCGGAAUUGGGAGCAGACGCGAUACUGCGACAUCAGAUGGAUCCCAGUGCGUAUUUCGACAUCAUGUACCAGAAAGCCAAGGCCGAUGCAGCUAAGCAGGUGAACGGUCGCGAGGAAAGCCCUAUUGCAUCCCUGGACCUUGGCAGUCUGGACAAGUACAUGAAGGAAUACAACACGCUCCAUGGCAGCGAAGAACUGACAUUGCGAAAAGUGAUGUCAAGAUGCAUUAGGGACGAUGCCGAACUCGAAUCGAUACUGUCGAUCCUGAAUCAAGGCAAUAACAUGAUAUUUGUGAAGUCCAUGCGAAUUUCGCAGAAGGUUGAAGACGCUGUUGUCGAGUAUGGGAUGAUUUCACAAACGACGAGAGUCUUGGACGCCGAAAACAGGAACAAUUUUGUCGAGUUCAUCGCUAAACUCGCCAAAACAAACGAUGAAGAUAUACAUUCACUCAUCGUCGAGCAGCUGGCGCGGAUGUUUGAUGAUCUCGGCGCUGCAUCACUGGUGUAUUUGCUGAAGUAUAGGUGGAAAGAUGCAUUCAAGCAUUUGAGGUUAAAGCUAUUUGAACAUUUGGCGAACGAAGGUACUACUCCUGCUAUGCUAGACAACAAGAUCGAGAAGGCAAGAAAGGAAAGAGCUGAAGGUAUUGGAAGACGUGGAUUGUUAGGCGAGAGGUACGAGAAACAGCGCGAGGAUGCGCUUCUGAAUGAUUAUCGUCUAUAUUAUGAAUCUCCUCAGAACCGUAAAGGAAACGGGCAAGCAGACACGAGCACCGGUCCUUCGUGA